GUACUGUGGUCAUCUCAAGAGCUGUGAAGUUGUUUCAUUUUCGUUUCAUUUCAUCAUUUGUUGUAAUUCUUGUAAAGCGCAUUCUAAAAAAUCUGUUUUAAAACCAUGGCUGAUGAAGAAUUCGACGAAAAUGAUGUAGCAGACGAUUUCGAUGACGACGUAGAGGAUGAUAACAUCGAGGAACUCGAACAACCCGAGGAAGAUGGAGAUAACAUUGAUAUCCUUGCUCCAGGCCAAGCUGGUGGUGGUGUACCAAAAAACAAGAGAAUAACAACUAAGUAUAUGACCAAAUAUGAGAGAGCCAGAGUAUUAGGUACUAGAGCCUUGCAAAUAGCUAUGUGUGCUCCUGUUAUGGUUGAAUUAGAUGGUGAAACUGAUCCAUUGCAAAUUGCUAUGAAAGAAUUAAAACAGAGAAAGAUUCCUAUUAUUAUUAGAAGAUAUUUACCUGACCAUUCCUAUGAAGAUUGGGGAAUAGAUGAGCUGAUUAUCAUAGAUCACUAGAUUGUAGAAUUUUUAUGUGAAUAUAUUUAAUAAAUAGGUUUUUAUAUUA